UAAUGACGUCGGCAUCAGCUUCGCGCACACACACGUGUGGUCAAAGUUGAAAGAUGGCUGGUUCGGUUUCCCAGCAGCUUGAGGAAUUGUUAAACCCUUUACCAAAAUUCGCAGACCCCGAGAACGACCAGGACGAUGAGACAAAAGCCCAAGUUGAUGACAGGUUUGACGAAGACGAUCACGAAGAUCACGAAGAUGGGUUUGGCCUUAGCAAUCUGCGAAAGCACAACACAUCUCUGCUGGCUGAGACCGAUCGCCGAUACGUGGGACAAGCAGUAUCUCGUAAACAACUGCUUAAGGAGAUGGGUCAAUCUGAUGAAGAAGGAGAUGAUGACGUGGAAGAAGAUGAUAUGUCCGAAACGAAAGGUGAGGACGAUGAUGAUGACGACGACGAAGAGAUCGAAUCCGACGAGUGUGAUGAUAUUGCACCUGGGGCUGAAAGAGAGACGCAAGAAGAGCAGCUGAUGGGGAAAUCAAAUGGUACAGUCAAAACCCUUGUGUCUAACAAGAAACGUCCAGACUUCGUUUGUGCUGAGGGUGUUGACUUGCACAAGUUAACAGAAGGGAUGGACGAUCUGGGAGCGAGUGAUGAUGACGAUGGGAGUGAUGAUGAUGAUGAUGGAGAGGAAGAUGAUGAUGAUGACUCUGAAGAGGGGACUGAGGACGAGGAUGAAGACCAGGGCACAGUCAAGACCUUCUCUAAGGAGAAGGUGGAUGAGGAAGUGGAGAAGGGCAAAGCAGUGAAGAAUCAGCUCAUCCUGUGGGACCAACUGCUGGAAGGACGAAUCAAGAUCCAGAAGGCUCUCGCCACGGCCAAUCAGCUUCCACAACCGCUGACGUUCCCAGAGUUUAAAAAGCAGGGCAGUGCAGAGUUUGCUGGGGCGCUGAAGAAUAGCCACAAAGCCCUGAAGGCUCUCCAGCGGUCUCUACUGGAGCUGCAGGACCAGCUGCUGCACCAGAACCCCGACACCAGGCCCAUCUCCAUGGGGAAGAGCUAUGGAGCUGCGGCCAAUAGCGACGAUGAGCUCAGCGAGGUGAUGGAGGUGGAACCGGCGGCUGGAUCCGGCGCCCUGAAGCGUAAGCUGGAUGUGGGACAGUACCCGGCCUUCAUGGCCAAACGCUUCGCUGACUUCCAGCCCUACUGCAACGGCACGCUGCAGAAGUGGCACGACAAGACCAGGCUGACCAUGGGCAAGAGCAGCAAGGGCUUUGGCGCCUUCGAGCGCAACAUCGUCACCCAGGUGGAGCAGGUGCUCCUGGACAAGGAGAGGCUGCUGAGGAGAACCCAGACCCGCCGCACCGAGUACAGGGUCCUUGGGAAGAAGGACACGUCGUCCGCCGCGCCACCCGAAGAGCCGGCCGCACCCCUUGAGGAUAGAGAAGAAGAGGAGCCCGCGGACGAGCAGAUGAUGAAGGCCAACCGGCACCUCAAGGACCUGGACGAGGACAUCUUUGACGACGACGACUUCUACCACCAGCUCCUCAGGGAGCUGAUCGAGCGCAAGACGAGCGCCGCCGACCCCAACGACCAGGUGGCCAUGGGCCGGCAGUGGCUGGCCAUCCAGAAGCUGCGCAGCAAGAUCAAGAAGCGCGUGGACACCAAGGCCAGCAAGGGGCGAAAGGUGCGCUUCACCAUCCACAGCAAGAUGGUGAACUUCAUGGCCCCGGUCGACCACAGCCCCAUGAACGACGAGGCCAGGACCGAGCUGUUCCGCUGUCUGUUUGGCAAAAACUCGCCGCUGGAGGGGUCGCAGGUGGGCGUCAUGUAAAGGAGGUCAAUGUCGAUGAGGCCUUCGGACCCUGGCAACCGCCCGAGACGUCUACCUGGACUAUUAUGGUUCAUAUUCUUGGUACCGAAGAUUAAUGUUUUGUAUGAAUUUGAUUAUGAGGGAAUGGGAUUGGAUAAAGUCCAUUGCUUUGCAGAUGAGCCGUGUCUUCGGUUAGCAACGUUUCUUUAAUGUGUAUAAGCAAAAUAUCUGUUUAACUUUAUAAUAGCCUUUUAAAACCCCAAUAUCUCUGUAUUCUUCUACCAUAAAGUCUCUAUUAUGACUGACUUUCUGUUACCAAGUGUAUCACUGCAAAAUAUUCAAUUAUAUGCACAAUUGAUAGGAAAUAAAUUUAGGGAUAUUUAGAAAUCUUAAAUUCUGUAGUUUACAAUAUGUAGUUACCCCAAAUAUAACUGUAUAAAAUAGGGAAAGGGGGUCAAAACAAACAUAUACAGAUUCUACUUUGGGAUUCACACUCAAAUCAUGUACUACUGAGACAUGAGGCCAUUCACAAGACCGAAAAAUAGAUUUAUUACCUGAGAAAUUAACAUAAAACUGUACAGAAAGCAAAACAUCUCAAAACAGGCAUCCUUUAUCUGGCUUAUGCGGCAUAACAUGGUUCAAGUUAAACAGUUAGAAAAACAUUGGCUCAUUAAUUGAAACAUUACUUCAUGUAUUUGCAGCCUGAGGAUUGUAUCCCAUACUGUUAAACAUAACACAAGGAGGUAACUUUAUUAGACCACAGAGGGAAUGGCCCUUUGUCACACCAGAUGCACAUUUUGGAAUAUCACCAUAAAUAAUGUUAAUCAAAGUAUUUAAAUUCAUGACAAAAUUGGUGAUUCAUGUUUUUUCUUUGGUGUUUUAUCAUGAUACUAAACAUGAUGCAUUUGAAGUGUGAUUUCUUUGUAGGAUGUUAAAUAACAAAUAGACACAACUGAAUUUCAAAACA